AUGACAGCAGGCUCGCAUACAAUCGUGCUGCCCCGGACUUCUUCCACCGCCGAAGGCAAGCAGCCGCUGCUGGACAUUCCCUCGAACACAAACGAUGCACAGACAGCUUCUGGAACUGGACUGAGUGGAGUCACUGCAGCAGACGCCGAGAGCAUUGGAAAGGGAUCGAAGCACUCGAAGCGCAGCUUUAUGGGCAAGCGAAGGGCAGGGAGCACUGCGAGCAGCAAGCGUUCUGGACAGCCAACCAACCAUCCCGACAAGACUGCUCAGGCACCCCCAGUACCUGCCACCUCCGCCGCCAACCGCGAGGGCUCGACCAGAAGCAAGGCGAGGAAGACUGGAGGGCUGCUCUCCUGCCUGCCAUGCUUUGCGCCAAAGGAGACUCGGGAAGAGGGUACACCCCUGGAGAACGUCAAGCGGACCGAGAAGAUUCCGGAAGGCCGCACAUCGCAAUCGACACCUGUUAAGAAACAGUAUCCGGUUGCUGCAGCAGAGUCGAGCACCGCGGAUUUGAAAGACCCGGUUGAUGAGAAGGCACCUGCUGAAACCUUUGGCCCAGGUGUUGCUGAGAAGCCCAGAUCUGGUGGUGAUGGCACUGCUGAGCCCGUCAGACCGUCCCAUGACAGCCCUCCCCAGAUUGUGACAAGAAGCUCGUCUAAGAAACAGCAAGCUUCGGAGUCAGCUCUCCCCCCGAUACCUGUCCAGCCCGGCCUUUUGCAAACUGAUCAUCCCGCGAUCAACGUUCAGACCCCGACUCCUGGCACCACCCCCGUUGUUGGCAGGCCCUCAGAAGAGCAGCAAAGGAUCAUCGAGGAUCAAACUGAAGAGCAGAAAGCAUUAGAUGCUGACAUUGAGAUGAAAGACGUUCCAUUGUCAAGUAAUGACGUGCACCAGGAAGGCGAAGAUCCGAUUAUCGCAAGUGCAACGACUGAACAGCCCAAGGUUGACCUUCCUCCCCCACCGCCGCUCGAACAGAGACAGGACGCUAUCCAGAAACAGACAUCUGAGCUCUCAGAGGUUUCGGAGCCGCAAAAGUAUCUACUGGGUCCAAUCGAGCCCAGGUUUAAGGGCAAGAAGUGCUUGGUUCUUGAUCUUGACGAGACUUUGGUCCACAGCAGCUUUAAGAUACUGCAUCAGGCCGACUUUACCAUCCCCGUCGAGAUUGAAGGCCAGUACCACAACGUAUACGUUAUCAAGCGCCCAGGCGUCGAUCAGUUUAUGAAGAGGGUCGGCGAGCUAUACGAGGUCGUUGUUUUCACCGCAUCAGUAUCAAAGUACGGCGAUCCACUUCUCGAUCAGCUUGACAUUCACGGUGUCGUACAUCACAGGCUUUUCCGCGAAAGCUGUUAUAAUCACCAGGGUAAUUAUGUCAAGGAUCUCUCGCAAAUCGGCCGUGACCUCAAGGAUACCAUCAUUAUCGACAACUCGCCAACCUCGUACAUCUUCCACCCGCAACACGCCGUCCCGAUCAGCAGCUGGUUCUCUGACGCCCACGAUAACGAACUCCUCGAUCUGAUACCCGUCCUCGAAGACCUUGCUGGCAACCAAGUCAGCGAUGUUAGUUUGGUGCUCGAUGUUGCUUUGUAA